UGGGUUUUUUUGUAGUGACGAACAGGGGCGGACUGGCCAUCUGUAGAAUCUGGAGAACCACAGAACGGCCGGUGGUCAAGGGCAGUUGACGGCCGGCCGGCCCUUUAAUUGUUUUUGGUUUAACUUCAUCAUUUAAGUUGCGCUUCCGGCCGACAGAGGGCGACAGCGGCCGCUAAUGCAGUUGUGUGGUUCUUAUCUGUCAAAUAAUCACACACGAAGAAGAAAAAAGACCGGCCACACAGACGCCGCAGCAGACAGGGAGAAUGACAAAACAUGGAUAAAAAUCUAAGAAAAAGGAAAGAAAAAGGUGGCGCCGAGAAGGCAAGAGAAAAAAAGGUGAAGUUACUCGCAGGUAAUGCUAAUAAAUGUCGCAAAUUGACAGACCUUUUUGGCAGCAGUGGUGCUACAACUACAAGCACUAUCAUCACCAGCAGCUUAGAACAAGUGCAUGAUGAAGACGAGAAUGAUGAGGGCGCGAUGUCAUAUAUACAGCCAGCCUCCUGCGUUCAUGAGGGACAGAGAGUUGAGCUGGUGGAAGAACCAGCUCAACUGGCACAUGCAAGUGCAGGGCAAGAGCAAGAGGUGGUUGAGGAUGGAACAAGGGCUGAGGAUGACAGCCACUCACACGGCAGCUCAAGCCUGAGGUAUUUUCAACGCCCAAAUUCUGACAAUCACAGUCUCAAUAGUUUUUUUUCCUAUCACCCUCAGACCAAAACAAAAUAUUUGACAGUACAAAGACUGUUUAAACGCAUGAACGGCACAGAUAGAAAAUGGCUCACAUACUGUGAAGAGAACCACACAUUGUAUUGUGCAGUAUGUUUAGCAUUUGCCAAGCCAUCUGAAAACAAUCCCUUUGUAAGUGGCAUGCAGGACUGGAACCAUAUCAGUCAGAGAGAAGAGGAACACGAAAGGACCAUCAUGCAUAGAAUGUGUGCGGAGGCCUACUUUUUGAGGGCAUCCAAAUCAGACAUAGCCAGCCUACUACAUGGAUCACAAGUAGUGGCCCACAGAGAUCAAGUGAAGAAGAAACGGCAGGUGUUGGAACGUGUGGUAGAUGUAGUCAAGUGCGUAGGAAAGAGGUCCUCUCUACAGAGGGAAGGAAUAUGAGGCAGCA